GGGGCGCCGCGCCGGGUCCGCCUGAUGGUGCUGCCGCGGGUACUCUGGGGCUCCGUCCCCCUCUUCCUCCUGCUGCUGCCCGCGGCCGAGCCCAUCUGUCCCGAGCCAUGCGACUGCCAGCAGCACCAGCACCUCCUCUGCACCAACCGGGGCCUGCGCUCGGUGCCCAAGGCUGCCGAGCCCCAGGAUAUCCUCACCUACAGCCUCGGGGGCAACUUCAUUGCCAACAUCUCCGCUUUUGAUUUCCACCGCCUGGCAGGGCUCCAGCGCCUGGACCUGCAGUACAACCGGAUCCGCUCGCUGCAUCCCAAGGCCUUUGAGCGCCUGGGUCGGCUGGAGGAACUCUACCUGGGCAACAACCUGCUGCCGGCACUGGCCCCCGGAACCCUCAGCGCCCUGGCCAAGCUGCGCAUCCUCUACGUGAACGCCAAUGAGAUCGGCCGCCUCAGCGCAGCCUCCUUCUCUGGCCUCGGCAGCCUUGUCAAGCUGCGCCUGGAUGGCAACGAGCUGGGCUCGCUGGGUGACUCCACUUUCUCAGGGCUGCCGAACUUACUCUACCUACACCUGGAGUCCAACCGCAUCCGCUGGUUGAGCCGCGGUGCCUUCGCUGGCCUGGCUAAGCUGCGCUUCCUCGACCUCUCGGGGAACCAGCAGAGCUCCCUUCGCCACCCAGACAUCUUUGGGCCGCUGCGCUCCCUCCACACCCUGCUGCUGGCUAGCAACAGCCUGCAACAGCUGACAGGGGGGCUUUUCCAGCACCUGCCUGGCUUGGCAAAGCUCUCGCUCAGUGGAAACCGCCUGGCUCACCUGGCCCCAGAUGCCUUCACGGGGCUGGGUUCACUGAAGGAGCUGCGCCUGGAGGGAAACCUGCUGAGCCAUCUGCCCACUGCCCUGCUGGAGCCGCUGAGCAGCCUGGAGGCACUGGAUCUGAGCCGCAACGCGCUGACCGCCCUGCACCCUGCCACCUUUGGCCACCUCGGCCGCUUGCGGGAACUCAGCCUGCGAGACAACGCGCUGGCCACCCUCCCCGGUGAGCUCUUUGCCUCCAGCCCGGCUCUCUACCGCCUGGAAUACCUGUGGAGCCCUAUUGACCCUGCUGGGGCCAAGCACAGCUUACUCAGUAUUUCUGCUUGUGAACAUAACAUUGACACCGUCUGCGUACCGGUGCUGAGGAUGUUCUCAGCUGUGCUGGAACCACCAAACGAGCACGAGGGCAGCGGUACCCACGCAUCGCCACGCUCUGCCCUCUCGAGAGGAACUAUAGCUUACGCGGACGGCAAGAGACCAUCUGCAGGGUAUCCACAGCCCUUUACACGAGCUGUGACCGCGGUAAAUUGUGGAUUCCGUAAAACCCGCGUGGUUUGCAGGCGGUGUGGGACGCUGCCGGCCGCAGAGGGCUCCCGCCCAGGCCGGCCUCUGGCGGAGCCCAGCGUCGCGGGCUCCUCUCCCGGCUCAGCUCGGCCGUUCACCCGAAGACAGCUAGUACCACCCAGUGGUACUGGGGAUUAUUACAGGUUUUCAGGGCUGGAAGCAAGAAAGCGGCAGAGGGUCGCAAAAAGUUUGCUGACUCUGAAGGCAGAGAAGCAUUUUGGCUUCAUGGGCUUUGGAGGGGCAGGACAACUGGGUGAAGCCUUGCUGGUGGGUCAGCACCAGGAGUGCGCUCAGGUGGGUAAACCCUGCAGGGACGGUGGGGUGGCACCACCGCUGCUGAUGGCACAAGCUGUGGAUACCAUCUCUCUCGAGUUUCUGUCUGGUGCACUGGACACAGCCUGGGGGUACGGCUUCACCAUGCACAGCUCAUGA